GUACUUGUUGGUCCAGUCGACGCUCAGGAAAAGUGGGCGGAAUGGAAGUCAACUCACUCAAAGGCCUACGAAUCCGAGGAGGAGGAGCAGAAGCGGUUCGGGAUCUUUGAGAGCAACUUGCAGGAAAUAGUGGCACAUAAUGAAAAAUUUCAAGCGGGCGACGAAACCUUCAGCAAGGCCCUCAACCGAUUCGCUGACCUCACGUCUGAUGAGGUGCCCAAAGGAGGCCUCAUGUCCCGAAAACAUUAAUUUCUAACAGGAUUUUUAAAUGUGUUUGUUGUUUUAUAUGUUGAAUAAAUUUGAUUU